CCCAGCCUUUGCUGUGUACGACAGACAAGAAGCUGCUGCUGAGGGAAGGAAGCACAGAGAGAGCCGGGGACAGAACAGCUCACACAGCACAGCACCUCACGCUUGUCUGGGCAGGGGACAGACUGACUCACCAUGGCUCCAGGUGUCUCAAAGAAGAYGUGGGGCAGCAUGGAGGUGGCCCUGGCUUACCUCUGUGCCAUCCUGCUCUGCUGUGGGCCCAGGCUGACCUGCUGCCGCCGGGUGACCAUCUUCCCAGCAGUGUUAACUCUCCCUGAAGGUGACAAAGCCACCUUCUUCUGCAAUAUCUCCAUGGAGAAYGACUCUGGCUCAGAGUACAGGCUCAAUUGGUACAAGGUCACCAACCACAGCCAAGCCCAGAAAAUUGCUGAGAUCAGCCGAAACAUUUCCAUUACGAAGACAGAGAAGUACCGACUCACCAACCACACUCCUGUCUUUGAGAUUGAGAUCCUGAACCUCCACAAGAAUGACUCAGGCUCCUUCUACUGUGGAUUGAUCACCUUCUGUGAGCCCGAUAAAGUGAUGGAGAGYAGCCGCUCCCAGCUGAUGGUCACAGCAGCCCCCCAGAUAAAUGCCACUGAGGAGCCAGAGAUAGAGGAUGGCAACUCUUCAGAGCACAUCAAGGUCAUGCUCCUGGGCAUCCUGCUGCUGGCUGGAGUGAUUGUGCUGUUGAUCUUCGGCUACCUCACCUUCACAUACAGGAGAGGAGAUGUGCAGAAACCACCAAGGGAAAACAUGCCAGCGGUGAGUUUUCUGCCUCUGUCACCCUGCUGUGCUGCAGGAGAGCCCCGUGGCAUUGCUGGGGUGAGGAGGGUGCUGSCCCUCCCUUUAUCAGCUCUUCACAAGCAUCUCACUUCUGUCUUCUCUGCAGCUGUUUGAUCUUUUCUGCACAGCUACAACUGCUYUUCUGUACCUGCAGCAGCASAGCCCCUUCACAAAAUCAAAAUAAAACUACCCCAUAUAGUAUGGGACUCUCUAGUCCAACUCUUCUUCAAAGCAGGCUUAUCUUUGACAGUAGAUUGUGUUGCUGUAGAAAAAUGGGAGGAUGUUUCCCUCCAAUAUAUCAAGMUAAAAUUAAUUUUGCUUCAGCUGGUGCCUGUUUUCUUCUCCCUUUAGCCAGGACCUCCGGGAGGGAUCUGUCUCCAUCUUCUCUCCAGCCCCAUUUAUUAAGCUGAGGG